AUGGGUGCGGUGUACUUGUUCGCUGAUUCAUUAUCGUUAGAGCAAGCAAACUCACUUUUUUGCUUGGGUCCUGGUUAUCAGUCGUAUUUCGUGCACGAUUCUGGAAGUACUUUACCUGAUGGAUAUAAGAAGCAUCUAUUUGAUGGUCGAUUGAGCAGUGUUCUAAUAAUGGCUUAUUGUCCAAAGAACUGCCAUGGACAACUUUGUCUAAACUCACCGUCGAAGGUGCCAUCAACAUAUUUUGUGCAAGUACCACAUGCGGUUAUGAAGGAGGGUGUGGAAGUCAUCACUACGCAUUCUAUACAUAAUUCGUUGCGAUCAGUCGGUGGCAUACAGAUACUUCUCCCUCUUUUCUCGCAGCUUGAUCUUCCAUGCGAGGAUGGGACGGCCAUGGAUGGCGAUAUGUGCUCCACUCUGCUCUCGCUUAUUUCCCUACUGUUGUCCAGUUCGCAGACAAUACAACAGCAACUCUACCAUAGCAAAGGAUUUUUGAUCAUCGGUCACGCCUUGCAAAAGGCCUCAAGCAGACAUAUCACUAUGAAAGUGGCAGAGCAAGUCAUAGAUAUGGCAAAAUUCUUACUACGAUGCUCAUCCGGCGGUCCUCUAAUCAAGCAGCUCUUCGAGCAUAUCAUGUUCAACCCGAAGUUAUGGAUUAAUAGCGAACCUGCCGUCCAGGUCGAAGAAAGACCCAGUACAUUCCCGAAUGAGGAUGUCAUUUCCAUUAGGGGAUCAAUCCUUAUUUUCCUGAAUCGGUUGAUUCUACUCAAUGCGGGCAGUGGUCAAGAUGCGAUUAGGGAGCAAGAAAUCCAUCAGUUGAUGAAUUUUGUUGCCACCGUUCAUGAAGAUGAUAAUCUCUACGAUGUGUUGGCUUUGCUAAAUCGGCUGCUAGGAUUUUAUCCUCAAAUAAUGGUACCAAUUUUUGACAAAGACAAGGAUGUUGGCUUGGUCUUCAAAUUACUUUCAUCGCCCAAUCAGCUCAUCAGAAUCCCUGCUUUGAAAAUGUUUGGUUUCUUCCUGCAAAGGUCUACACUGAAGUAAGU